AAACAGCUUUCGACAUGGCAAUGCAAAGAGGCAAAUCAACCCCAACGGCACACAAACACUCAUUCCUUUUCCUUGAUUGUCAUGUCCUCAGUUACAUGCCCACAUCUUCAUUCAAAUCAUACUACAACUACUAUAUAAAUGCUUCUCUUCCUAUGCCAUUACAUGCCCAAACCAAACACAUCUUCACACACUACAACGACCUACUCUUUGAACAACAAUGGAGCUCUCGAAACUUCUCAUCACCCUCCUCCUCAUCCUCCUCCCCUCAACCCAAGCCGCCAACUCCGACCUCUUCCGUGAAUACAUAGGCGCGGAGUUCAACAACAUUAAAUUCUCCGACGUACCCAUUAACUCCAAUGUCGAAUUCCACUUCAUCCUUGCCUUUGCCAUCGACUACACCACCUCCUCUUCCUCGUCUCCCACCAACGGUCAAUUCAACGUUUUUUGGGAUGCGGACAAUCUCAGCCCAUCUCAAGUCUCAUCCAUCAAAUCUCAACAUUCAAAUGUUAAAGUGGCACUGAGCUUAGGAGGCGACAGUGUGGGAAGUGGCUCUGCUUACUUCAACCCUUCCUCAGUCGAUUCAUGGGUUUCAAGCGCUGUUUCUUCUCUCACGCAUAUCAUCGAACAGUAUGGCCUUGAUGGGAUCGACAUCGAUUACGAGCACUUCAAAUCCGAUCCUGAGACCUUUGCCCAGUGCAUUGGAAAGCUUAUCACAACCCUGAAGCAAAAUGGUGUCAUCUCUUUCGCUUCGAUUGCUCCGUUUGAUGAUGAUCAGGUUCAGAGCCAUUACUUGGCUCUGUGGAAGAGCUAUGGACAUGUCAUAGACUAUGUGAAUUUCCAAUUCUAUGCUUAUGAUCAGGGGACCACUGUUUCACAGUUCAUGAAUUAUUUUCAGACUCAGAGCUCGAAUUACAAUGGAGGUAAGGUCUUGGCUAGUUUCAGCACCGAUGGAAGCGGCGGGUUGUCUCCGGAAACUGGGUUCUUCACUGCUUGUGGGAAGCUCAGAAGCCAGAAACAGCUUCACGGUAUCUUUGUUUGGUCUGCAGAUGAUUCUAUGUCGAAAGGGUUUCAGUACGAGAAGAAAUCACAGACAUUGUUAGCAUCAAACCAUUAGUAUUUUCACCUUUCGAAUGUGUGUGGUGUGUGGUCUAUUAAGUUACAUAUGUAUGAGAAUGCUUGUUGUUCUAUUGGUUUGAUGUAAGCAAAAGUCUGUAAUUCUCUGUUGUACUACUACUAUUUUAUACAUAAAU